CAAACCAGUUUGAAUUAGUCUUUAACCGAACUAUAUUUUACUGAUUACAUUCCAUGUUAAAUACCACUGCUAUGCUGAUGUCAUGAUUGGAACAGGCAUUGAAAAGGACACCGUGUGGUCUUUCCAUCAUAAAGUAGCAUUACAUGUUGUCAUUGUUUUCUUGUUGAAUUGUGGACUCUCAGAUGACACUGUUGAAUUCCAUGUAUUUCAACCUCAGCAUUCGAUAGGGUUCUCAUUAGGUGACACUGUUACCCUGCACUGCUUUGUUACCAGUGAAAUUCCAAUGGGACGUGUGAAGUGGUAUGUAGAAUUUGGCAAUGUUCGAAGGCGGUUUUACUCUGAUGAUCCAAUUGAAGAAUAUUCUGACGCCCAUGUUUCCAGUCUCAGUAGAGACCAAUGUGUGGAUCAUUCUAUUCGGAUCAGAAACAUAAGCUCUGAGUAUGUUGGAGUAUAUUACUGUGUUAAAUUCCAGGAUGGAGAAAAUGAACCAUACAGAAGUGGCUAUGGAACCAAAUUGUACCUAAAAGAAAAUAAGCUGACGUUGGACACCCUAUUUCAGUUUCCUAAUAUUUUGAUACUGAUCCUACUGGAAAAAGUAUUUGCAAUCAUAGUCAUCUUUUUCAGCCUUGUAUUGUACAGAAACUUCAAUAAACAAAAAUGGAAAUCUUCACUAGAAAACAGAAGUGUAUCCAAUGAUAAUCAAGACCAGCCUGAAGUAAGACGUCCAACAAAAAAUAUAAGUGUACAGCCAUUUAAGAUAAACAAGGAAGACAUCAACAAAACUAGGAUCAUGCAAAAAGAGAAUAAACACAAAGUGAGUGCUGCCAUAGUCACUUGUCGAACAGAGGAGGAAACCCUGUGAAAAAAAGGAAGGAUAAAAACCACUGACCUUCUGCAUCAGGAAACAGUACAAUAAAGAAUUUGAUGAAACUCUGCUGGAAUGUACUAUCUCACCUUUAUCAUAUAAAUGUUUUAUGUUACUUUGACUUGAUUUAUACAAAUGUAGAGUCAAGCACUUCAAGUGAUAACAUAUUGGUAUGCCUAAGAAGAACAGAAGAAAUUCAAUAGUAAAUACAUGGAUGGUUUCAUAUUUGUUUUUAACAGAGAAAACAGAAAAAUGAGAUGUGCAUGUGAAAGUGAACAGUUAACAGCAAAAUAUGUUACUUGUUUAUUUGUUUCCUUGCAGUUUUUUGUCUUAUUUUUUCAAACAGGUUUCAUUGCCUUAACAACUGAAUAAAAUAAAGCAGUCAGGCGCCAAGAUCUAUUUUUCCUAAAAGUAGCAGUUGCAUUAUUAUUCUGACAUAUGAACCUAUAUGAUCCCUGCAUUUUCCUGCCUCAGUGACUACAUAUAAGUAGUAUACCACUCUACUACUACAGAGUGACAUCUAUACAAUAGAUGGGGAAGUGUUUACCACUUAAAAACUGAUGCUUUCAACUUUUAAACUAAUUGCAUAAAUAGCGCACAGCUAAUAUUGAUGCUGUCUCCAAUAACUUAAAGCAAUACAGAAGACUGCUUCUUCACUAUUGAAUGCCGUCUAGCAGAACUCUCAGCUAUAAAUUGUUUUUGACCAAAGUUAUGAUAAAUUAUAGAAUGGGCAAACUGUACAUCACCAUCCUGAUUGGGGAAUGAACAUUCUCCAGCAGGAUAUUAAUGUACAAGUAAUUCUCACUGAAAAAUAAGUCUGCUGCUUCACGGCAGAAUAUCAAGCCACUGUGGAGCUCAGACUGCUAAAAAGUUAACAUCCGUUAUUACUUUACACUCACUAAGCAGCGCUUUUGCUGUUUAGUGAGUGUAAAAACAAACAGAAAGAAGUGUAUGUGUGUGUAUGUAUGUGUAUGUGUGCAUUUUAUGUUUCUGUCUGUGUGUGUGAGUGAAUGCAUGUAUGAAAGUGGAAGUGACUUUGUGUGCAAGAGAGAGAUCUUGUGUGAGUAGAUGCAUAUAUGAAAGCAGAAAUGACUGUGUGAGAGAGAUCGCGAGAGACUGAGAACGAUGUUGUGUGAGUGAAUGGAUGUAUGAAAGCAGAAGUGACUGUGUGAGAGAGAUCGCGAGAGACUGAGAACGAUGUUGUGUGAGUGAAUGGAUGUAUGAAAGCAGAAGUGACUGUGUGAGAGAGAUCGCGAGAGACUGAGAACGAUGUUGUGUGAGUGAAUGGAUGUAUGAAAGCAGAAGUGACUGUGUGAGAGAGAUCGCGAGAGACUGAGAACGAUGUUGUGUGAGUGAAUGGAUGUAUGAAAGCAGAAGUGACUGUGUGACAGAGAUCGCGAGAGACUGAGAACGAUGUUGUGUGAGUGAAUGGAUGUAUGAAAGCAGAAGUGACUGUGUGAGAGAGAUUGCGAGAGACUGAGAACGAUGUUGUGUGAGUGAAUGGAUGUAUGAAAGCAGAAGUGACUGUGUGAGAGAGAUCGCGAGAGACUGAGAACGAUGUUGUGUGAGUGAAUGGAUGUAUGAAAGCAGAAGUGACUGUGUGAGAGAGAACGCGAGAGACUGAGAACGAUGUUGUGUGAGUGAAUGGAUGUAUGAAAGCAGAAAUGACUGUGUGAGAGAGAUCGCGAGAGACUGAGAACGAUGUUGUGUGAGUGAAUGGAUGUAUGAAAGCAGAAGUGACUGUGUGAGAGAGAUCGCGAGAGACUGAGAACGAUGUUGUGUGAGUGAAUGGAUGUAUGAAAGCAGAAGUGACUGUGUGAGAGAGAUCGCGAGAGACUGAGAACGAUGUUGUGUGAGUGAAUGGAUGUAUGAAAGCAGAAGUGACUGUGUGAGAGAGAUCGCGAGAGACUGAGAACGAUGUUGUGUGAGUGAAUGGAUGUAUGAAAGCAGAAGUGACUGUGUGAGAG